GUAUCGCUGGUUUUGUUAUGUGUCAUCGGAACAGUGGGAGGCAACAUCCUGUCAAGUUAGAAGAGUCUGUCUUGAUUUGUUUGUUCUCGUCAAAUGCUGUGAAAUUGUUUGACUUACUCAUUAUGUGUCAUUCCUAAACGCAAGUAGGUUUCUUCUAAUCUAACAAAAUGCACAGACGCAGGACGAGAAACAACUUCACUUACGUUAGUUCGUGCGUGAAGUACAUGAUAUUCUUACUGAAUUUCGUUUUUUGGCUUUUUGGAGGUCUUUUGAUUGGAGUUGGUCUGUACGCCUUUGUUGAUAAAUGGCAAGCAACAGGUCUUAUUAAAGUUGAAACAAUAUACGAUGUUGUUUUAAAUAUAUCUCUUGUUAUGGUCAUCGCUGGCGGAGUCAUUUUCAUAGUGAGCUUUGCUGGGUGUGUUGGAGCUCUACGGGAGAAUACUUGCCUUUUAAAAUUCUACUCCCUGUGUCUACUCGUCUUUUUCCUUCUAGAAAUGGCGAUUGCCAUCAUGGGUUUUGUAUUCCCUCACACCAUGCAGUCUGUUUUGGAAGAAUCUUUUACAGAUAAAAUAAUUCACACCUACAGGGAGGAUGCAGAUCUACAGAAUUUAAUUGACUUUGCACAACAGGAGUUUAAAUGUUGUGGUCUCAGCUCAGAAGGCUACAUGGAUUGGUCAAAAAAUGAAUAUUUUAACUGUUCCUCACCCAGUGUUGAACGCUGUGGUGUGCCAUUCUCCUGCUGCAUGAAUGCUACAGAUAUCAGUAGUGGGCUUAUUAACAUAAUGUGUGGCUAUGGCGUCCAAGAACUCUCGGUUGCAGAAGCUAGUAAGAAAGUGUGGACAAGUGGCUGCAUAGAAAUUGUGCGUUCCUGGGCAGAGAGAAAUUUAUACACCAUCGCAGGCAUUGCUUUGGGCAUAGCUUUAUCCCAGCUGUUUGUUAUAUACCUGGCAAAAACUUUGGAAGGACAAAUAGAAAUGCAGAAAUCUCAGUGGAAUACAUGAAAUAUUGCCUACCGCCUCGGAUGAAAUAUUCGGUAGGUAUAUCUCUGUUAUAAAAAACCAAAAAUCUAUUUACAAGGACCAUUUAUGCCGGCCAUAAAACUUUGCCUGUGUAACUGUGUGGACAAUACUGGAAGAAGUUAAUUACCAUAGCGUAUGCUGUGUGCUUCUUCUGAAAAGUGAAAAAUAAUAGUAAGCUUGUAAAUAUGAUGAUCCGUUUUGUGUAUAGACUAAACUGUUUCAAGCUUGUAAAAUUUCAAGUAUUAUGUUUGCAUUGAAAAGCAUUGUAUUAUUAAUAAGCACAUAGACCCAUGGAAGAAGCCUUGUUAACAAAGUUUGAAACAGUGACUUGACUGAAUCCAGUCUAGCAAAACUUGAGACUUGCAUGACUAAGAUUAGUUGUUUACAAGAUAGUGCACACAAAGAAAGGAAAGAAGAAUGAAACAAGAGGAUCACAAUAAAUUUCCAAUAUUGAAUUUUUUUAAGAGAAAGGGUGUGUGUUUGCUUGUGUUUAUGGGAUGGAAAGGAAAACUAAGUCUUAUUAUUUUACUAUUAGAAAUGCACAGAAGAUAAAACGUCCUUGUGAUUGACCUGUAGGGGAAAAGUAUGAAAUGGUGGAACUUCUUGAUAUCUCCUAUAGCAAGACAUACUGCCCUGUUAAACUCAAAAGUUAACUACAUAAUGUGCCUCUAACCCAGAUUCUUUAGCAUUUCAGAAAUAGUCACCUAAUGUUUCUGACAGCUGGGUAAUUAUUAAAUAUUUCGUUGAGACUUCGACAGUUUCUGUCUUAUUGACUGAACAUUUUUUUAAACUCUGUCUAUACAAUUUUGUUGAAUGGCUUCACAAAUGUAAGAACAUCAGUAUACCAUGAAAUGUAUUAUAUUUGCACAUUUUGUAUGUCAAGAAACUAUCAGUCUUCCUGAAAAAUGUUGUAUCCUUGCAAAUGGAAGACAAGAUAGUCUGUAUGAAAGUGAGGAAGUCAGUUUAAAUUGUGUGAUUUUGAAAUUUUUUGCUUUAAGUGGCAGUUGUUGUUUAGAAUCUCAGUACAUUUUACUUGUUUUAUUCAUGUCUGAAGAAAGAAUCUGUAUCCUGAUAAUGUUGAAGUUGCUGAUUGUGAAGAACUGUUUUCGAGAACUAUGCUCUUAAACAGUUACAUAGUUUUUAGUCACUGACUUUAAGAAUCAUGUUCCGUAGAAUCUCAACUAUGUUGCAAUUAAUUUUUAAAAUUAAAUAGAUCUAUUUUUGAAAACUUGUAUCUGCUGUGGAUAAAAUUUCAUGUGUUUUGAAGCAUUCCAGUAUGUUUUUGCUUUACCACAUAUAAAAGAAUACAAAAAUUAAAAAUACAAACUCUGAGCUCUGCAGCCACUUUUUGUAAUAUAUUUUUAAACUUUUAUCCAAAACAUUCCUAUUUAUUGAAUAUUAUGGAGUGUCAGUUAUUGCAAGUCUUGCAUUUUCUGUUGGAGACUUCAAUUUAAAUUAUUGCUAAAAUUGUUUGUUUUGAUAAGAACAACCAGCUUUACUAAAGGGUAAUAUUGUUUUCAUAUUGCUGUUUAAUUGUAUAAUGUACAAAUAUUGCUUGACUUAUUUUCAUAAUAGAUGAUUUUUUUUUCCCCCUCAGUAGCUCAUUUCAAAAGUUGUCUGGCUGAAUGACUCACUUUAAGUAUCAGCAUUCUCAUCAAAAACCCUGAAAAAUUUAAUGUUAGUUUCAAAUAAAUUAGAAAAAAGUGAUCGUUCCUUAAGUCCCCACAUUGCAGAGAGGAUGACGGUUCAAUCCCGUGUCCGGCCAUCCUGAUUUAGGUUUUCCGUGAUUUCCCUAAAUCACUCCAGGCAAAUGCUGGGAUGGUUCCUCUGAAAGGGCACGGCCGACUUUCUUCCCAAUCCGAUGAGACCGACGACCACGCUGUCUGGUCUCCUUCCCCAAACCAACCAACCAACCACAUUGCAGAAAUAUUAAUAAUAGUACAGUAUUACGCUAAAUGAAGUAUCUACUUGUACUUUCUCUUUGUCUGAAAGUGAAUGUCUUCUCCCUACCUGUCUUUCUCUGGUUUCUACUGUGAAUUAUUUCCCAAUUUUUUUUAAUUGAAAUAUUGUCCUUUUUUGUGUUCUUCAUUAUAGGCUACCAUGUCAUCAAUAAAACAUUGUUAAUUUCUUAAUUCGAAUAUCGUCAAAUAGUUUACUGCGGUGAAAUGUGUAAUACUUUGCCAUUCUUAGAGGCAUGUGCAUUUUCAAGUUGUCAAGGAACCAGCAAUCUGGCUGGAGGCUUUUCACUGCAAAUUUUCAAAAUCUUUUAAGAUCCUUGGGAAAUCAUUGACUGUUGGCUU